GCCAAGGUCAUGUGUUUUCAUCGUAAAUCACAGGUGUUGUUGGGGAUAUUAGAUUGUGAAUAGGUCCGGUCGGAACACCUUAGAGGACAUAGCAGGAAGUUCAAAAGCCAAGGAGAAAUCAUAUUGCUGUUGAGUACUGGUUCUCACAUCGAGUCAUAAACUCUUGGAACCGACUCCCAGAAGAAGUGGUGUCUGCAACCUCAACUGAUUCGUUCAAGAAGGGUUUGGACAACCACAGAAAUCUACUAGAAAAGGAUUAACAUAGGCUCCAAGCCUUCUAUCCUGAACCAAUAAAUCUGAAAUCUGAAUCUGAAAAACUGCGGUAUUAUCACAAUACCUUCGACUUCAGGAAAUUUGUCAUGCGGUCCAGUUUUCUUCUUAAUACAGUUCUGGUGAACAUUGAUCCCUCACAUUAGCAUCACUGAAUUCAGCAGCUACCUACCCCCAAAUAUGCAUUCUAUCCAGACAACCUUGAAGUCUUUGUCAAAGAAUACCUGCUUUGGUGGAUUUCCCUAAAUUCUCAACAUUCUGACUAGCACUUCUAAAUGACGUGUUGCAUAGGAGACGGUAUCGCUCGUCUUAAAAUUUCUAUAAAUAAGUAACGUUUAAUUCACUUUUAGUAAGCUUCCACCUGCUGGUGUGUGUAUAUACUUCAGUGAAACACGUGAUUAUAAGCAUCAUAGCACAGGACAUAACUGUUUUUCAUCCUUCAGUUUCACACCAAAUUCAUCCUUUCAUACAUAGCCCCUAACAAUUGGUUACAUGAUGUAUAGAAAUAUGUAUAAUCUACAGUUCCUAUUUCCAUAGUUACGUGAGUUCCCUUUCCUUCUCCACACUCAACGAAAUUGCACGUGUUCGCACUUAUCAUUGCAUUUACCAGACCUAUAAAUCUUUUACGUAGUAUAAAUAAUGUGUUAGCUGAGAAAUGCAUAUUGUCAGGAGCGAUUAUCAAAUCACGGCGGUAAUGGCGCUUUAGCAUUCAUAACUUCUUUUUUGAAUACUUGUUUCUACAUUGUAAAUUAAAAAGGCUUUUGCUUUAUGUUGCUUUUAAAGCCCGUGUAUCUUCAUUUUAAUUUUCUAGUAUCUGGAUGAUUCAUUUCUUCCUACAUCAGUUACAAAAGCUCAAAUAUGCACGCGAACCUAUGGGAUGACUCCGACUCGGAUGACGACUUACCGGCUGAGUGGGAGCAGACUGUUCAGGGUGAUUUCGUUGCGUAUUACAACCGGUUAACAGGAUUUACACAAAAGCCGCACCCAAUUUCUGGUCAUAUUAAACAAUUACCAUCCACCUUACCUAAAAGCUGGUCAUCGUGUUUCGAUGAAUCUGGAAAGACACUUUAUUUAAACUCAGAAACUGGAUGUUCGACUUAUUCGGAUCCACGGCUAGCUUCAGCUUCAUUAGCCUAUUCUAGGAAGUUGAAUAUGAAUCACCAAUUUAAAUAUGAUAAAUUUUCCAGUGUGAAAGACAUUUUGUUAAAUAAAGAUCUCCGUGGACACUAUGCGCUUGUUACCAAUUCAGGUUGUGGUCUCGGUCUGUCAAUUGCUCUUCAUCUCGUCAAACAUGGAGCGGUGGUUGUAUGCGCCUGUUCUAAAUGUCCUAACAAGGCUAUCCCUUUGUUGAAAAACACCGAAACACAUAACAAGACUGGUGCAACUGUAGACGUUAUUUCAUUAAAAUCAGCUAUUCAAGAUUCUGGCCAACUUUUUUGGAUACCUUACGACCCUUUAAAACUAUCCAGUAUCACACAAUCUCUUCAUAUAUUGCAAUCACUGAACUGGCCUUUACACUUUUGUAUCAUAGCUGAUGAUAUGUUUCCAGUUGUAUCGCCUCAUCUGUGGAAUUUCUCUUUUCUUAAAAGUUUUCAGUCAUAUUUGAAAGGAUUCUUUCUCCAUAGAACUUCAGGAUGGUUGGCGUCUGUCCCCAGGUAUCUAAGAAGUUAUCAGUCGAAAGUCUGCAAAAUGAUUGCAAAAGUUUUACCUUUAUCAUGGAGACCUCCUUUAUCGUGUGGAUGCCCAUCUAAGCUUAAUUCAUUGUUGACGACUGAUGGAUAUGAAAUUACAAUGCAGUGUAAUUAUUUAGCUCCUGCUUUAUUUUUAACUGGACUAUUUAAAACAAGAUAUAUACAUUCUUCACAUUCUUCUGACGUUCAUUUGAACAGUUCAGUACAUGAUCAGACCAGUUUGCGUGUAGUGGUGGUUACAUCAGAGGUUCACAAAGACGCGAGUUUAGAUGAUUUUGUUGUCAAGAGGUCGAAUGUUUCAGAGACAUUUCAAGCUGUUCCUGUAUCGUUGGUUGACAGAAUGAAGCAAUAUGCUAUCUCAAAAGUAUUCAUGUUGCUAUUUGUUAAUGAAUAUCAAAACCGUCUACGUGAAGACAGUAGAACUAGCGGAUUUUCAUACCCUGUACCUUCAAUAUUUGCAUGCACCGGAUGUGAUCCAUUCUCUGUAUAUUGUGUUCGAAGAUGUGUACUGAAUAUGUACUACUGGCUUUUCACAAAUCCUUUUCUUCUACUUCUACAGUUAGUCUACCUUCUAUCAAGGCCGUUCGGUGUAUGUUUGGAUCAGGCGACAGCUAGUCCCGUUUCCUGUGCUGUUGACAAGUUUACAAGUAUCCAGAAUUCACUUUCUCAUCAUUCCAACGUGAUUCCGUAUUACGACAAAUGCAGGCGUUCCACAUCGUUGUUGGAUAUAUUGUCAGUGUGUAAAUUGAAUUUUCUUGCUGAAAAUAUUUUCAACUGUACUGAAAACAUUUCUGUAAAUAUAGAGCAGAAUGUGGACAUCUAAAAGAACACAACAACUUUUACUGUGUUC